GCCACCAACAGGCAACGCUGGAGGCACAGCCUCUCUCCUGGGUGCUGGGUCAAGGCAGGCAGCCUCACUGGUGCAGGAUGGGAUACAAGGGGACAAGCUGUGAGCUGGUGCACAGUCACAGGCCCACCCCAAAGUCCCCUCAGCCCUGCUUCUCUACUGCAGCUGCUCGUGUGCCAAACCCAGUGCCAGGCACGGGGCACAGCACAGCUGAGGGACACGGCACAGCCAUGGGGCAUGACACAUCUGAGGGGCAUGGCAGAGCUGUGGAGCAUUGCACAGCCGUGGCUUAUGGCACAGAUGUGAGCUAGGGCACAGCCAUGGCACAUGGCACAGUUGUGGCACAUGGCACACCCUCACAUCACAGCACAGCUGUGUCCAUGCUCAGUGUCAAGUGGCUUUGGCCACCAGCUGCCCACCCCCAUCACCCACAUCAUCCCCACAUCCCAGUCCCUGCCAUGUGGGCGGGGCCACGUCAGGCACCAUCCUGCAUCCCCGGCCACCUCGGUGUUCCCAGGCUUCCUGCUGUGCUCAGUGCAGAGGGUGUAACUCUGAGCACGAGGUGUGAGGGGAUCAAAAGCCCUCCAUGCUGUGCCGGGGUGGGGAGGUGGUGGCCUGACCCUGUGCCCCCAGCCAUGAGCCGCCGCGUGGUGCGCCAGAGCAAGUUCCGGCACGUCUUUGGGCAGCCGGUGAAGGCCGACCAGAUGUACGAGGACAUCCGCGUCUCCAAGGUGACAUGUGACAGCUCCUUCUGCGCCGUCAACCCCAAGUUUGUGGCCAUCAUCGUGGAGUCUGGCGGCGGGGGGGCCUUCAUUGUCCUGCCCCUGGCCAAGACAGGACGGGUGGACAAGAACCACCCGCUGGUGACGGGACACACGGCACCCGUGCUGGACAUCGACUGGUGUCCCCACAACGACAACGUCAUCGCCAGCGCCUCGGAGGACACCACCGUCAUGGUGUGGCAGAUCCCUGACUAUGUCCCCGUGCGCAACAUCACGGAGCCAGUGGUGACGCUGGAGGGACACUCCAAGCGGGUGAGCAUCAUCUCCUGGCACCCCACCGCCCGCAACGUCCUGCUCAGCGCAGGCUGUGACAACCUGGUGAUCCUCUGGAACGUGGGGACGGGGGAGAUGCUGCUGGUGCUGGAUGACAUGCACACUGACCUCAUCUACAACGUGGGCUGGAACCGCAACGGCAGCCUCCUCGUCACCACCUGCAAGGACAAGAAGGUCCGUGUCAUCGACCCCCGCAAGCAGCAGAUCAUAGCGGAGAAAACCAAACCGCACGACGGCACCCGGCCCAUCCGCGCCAUCUUCGUGGCCGAUGGCAAGAUCUUCACCACGGGCUUCAGCAAGAUGAGCGAGCGGCAGCUGGGCCUCUGGGACCUGAAUAACUUCGAGGAGCCCAUCGCCCUGCAGGAGAUGGACACGAGCAACGGGGUCCUGCUGCCCUUCUACGACGCCGACUCCAGCAUUGUCUACCUCUGCGGGAAGGGUGACAGCAGCAUCCGGUACUUCGAGAUCACGGACGAGGCACCCUACGUGCACUACCUGAACACCUACAGCAGCAAGGAGCCCCAGCGGGGCAUGGGCUUCAUGCCCAAGCGGGGGCUGGAUGUCAGCAAGUGUGAGAUUGCCAGGUUCUUCAAGCUCCAUGAGCGCAAGUGUGAGCCCAUCGUCAUGACGGUGCCACGCAAGUCAGACCUCUUCCAGGAUGACCUGUACCCCGACACACCAGGCCCCGAGCCGGCCCUGGAGGCAGAUGAGUGGCUGUCGGGGAAGGAUGCAGAGCCCAUCCUCAUCUCACUGCGGGACGGGUAUGUCCCCAUCAAGAACCGGGAGCUGAAGGUGGUCAAGAAGAACAUCCUGGACAGCAAACCUCCCCCAGGCCCCCGCCGCAGCCACUCCACCUGCGACUCUGACUUCUCUCCAGCCUUGGAGGAGGUGUUGGAGGAGAUCCGUGCCCUGAAGGAGAUGGUCCAAGCACAGGAGAAGCGCAUCUCCGACCUGGAGAACAAACUCUGCCAGUUCACCAACGGCACGGACUAGCGCGGUGGCCAAGGCCACGACCACGGGCAGGGCGAGGACUGCCCCGGCCUGCCGGGGAUUAAAGCCAAGUCCCCACAUUGGGCAGGAGCCCAGAGCCAUGUUCUUUCCCCAGGAGCCGAAGGGGCAGGGAGGAGGUUGGACCCUGACCUCUCCCCUCCACUGGCAUCAGUUGCAUCUUGCUCCUGGGGUGCCCCACCAUAUGGGCACCCCACUGCAGCACCCAAGGGGGUCCCGCUUCAGUGCCCGCAGGCUGGGGCUGCCAAGCAUCCCUCCGUGGGGACCUGCACGCUGGGCACCAGCAUCCUCCCAGGACGGGGAGCUGCUGGGCCCUCCUGGCCAGGAUGUGCUUGGCUAUGGUGCUACACUCCCACCCCAUCACCCCCUCACCUCCCCCUGCCCCAUCGCCCCCUCGGUGGGUGCUUCCAACAGGCUCUUUGCUCCUGGACCCCUUUAAUAAAGGGCUCAGCCACCCUUG